CGAAGGAGGUCUUGGUGAUGGUGCCAACAGGGGGCGCCGGGAUCCGAGAGGGGUGCGACGUCACCCUGAGGUGCCAGUCCGAGAGCCACCCCCCGGCCCGGAACUACAGCUGGAUCCGGAAGGUUCCGGGCCACCCACCGCAGGUCAUCGCCGUCAGCGAGACCCUGACCCUGCCCUCGGUCUCACGCCGAGAGAAGGCCGUGUUUUUCUGUCGAGUCAGCAACGAUCUGGGGACGGACGAGUCGGCGCCGUUCCACCUCAACGUCGAGUAUGGCCCGGAGAUUUCCUGGGAGUCGAAAUGUGCAGAGAGGGCAGAGGGGAUCACCUGCGUCUGUGCGGCCAACUCCAACCCUCCGGCAGUUAUCACCUGGCACCUGCCCCAUGCCAACCUCAGCGGUAACCAAACACAUGGAGGGUUUGUGUCUGAGCAGGUCCGAGAGGGGCAUCUGGUGAAGGGAUUCCUGAUCCUGACGGGACACCAGGAUGAAGAGGAAGUGGUGGUAUCCUGCUCAGUUCAAAACCCCCACGGGACAUCCUCGUUCAAGGUGUACCUCUGGGUCAAAGAGGAACGACACCUUGUGAACUUGGUGUUGGCCGUUAUAGUUGGAGCCCUCGCGAUGCUGGUCAUGUUGCUGUUACUGUGUCUGAUAUCUCUCUUCUGUCAAAGGAGGACUAAGGUCCAUGUCAUUGACGGGACCGAGAUGGAGGAUCUGACUGUCCCCCCACAGCCUGUCCGUCCCACCAGCAGGGAGGUGGAGGACGAGGUGGAGGACGAGGUGGAGGAGACGGAGGAGGAGGCUGAGUGCAGGUGUGAGGGAGGGAGUGAGGUGAGCGCGGGGAGGCAGACGGAGAACGGGGAGCAUCUCCCGGUGUCUGACCGUGUGGAGCUUCACUAUGCCUGCAUCGACUUCACCAAAUCCCAGCCUUCCCAUGGGAUCGUGGGCAACAGGGACAGUACUCAGUACGCUGAGAUCAAACUGCAGUGAGGCACCCCCCCACCCCCCACCCCCUCACCCCCACCCCCUCACCCCCCCACCCCCCUCACCCCCUCACCCCCCCACCCCCUCACUCCAUCACCCCCUCACCCCCCCACCCCCUCACUCCCUCACCCCCC